UCGACGCAACAUCAUGCUCACCACUAAAUUUAUUGUAUUGGUUGCACUUUUGAUCUUGGCCUUCUCACCUGGCGAAUGUAAAAGAAGCUUGAAAUCUAAAAAAUCAAAAAGCAGCAAAAUUGCCUAUAGACAAACGAUUGUGAAUUGCUGCGGUCGCAACACCUGUUUCAACUCAAAUGGACUCUCCAAAAUAUCAGCCACAAAAUCUACCCAAUCAAAACCUAAUUUGGUCACAAACUCUACCUUGACUCCAGGAGACGAUGAACAAACUUCCCUCGAUAUGUCAGAAGCAGUCACAGAAAUUAAUGGGAAUACAGUUGAAGAAUCUUCUACUGGACAAGAGACUCUGGCUGACAAUGAAAAUUCUGUCACCAGCACAAUUAAUCAGGAGAUUUCAGAAAGUACCACCACAGCAAACAAAGUUUCUUCACCAGAUUUGUCGACUUCAGUGAUUUCUCCCACCUCCUCAACCACAACGUCUACAACCACCAUGUCUCCAACCACAGCGACCAUCCCCCCAGGGGCCCUUUAUAGUUGUUCUAGUACACUUUGUCAGAAAAACAAUUCACUUAUAAAGCCAGACAACAGCGUUUCUGAUGCUCCUAGUUAUGGCUAUUGGAAGGAAGCUUGUGGGAUUCUAUAUUUGUUCGGAAAAAGCAUUGUAACUUGGGAAGCUAACCGGAAAAAGUGCUGCAGCCUGGGAAUGGUCCCGAUCACAAUUGAAAACGCAGAUAAACAAACCUGCCUAAAUAAACUAGUGGAAACUUGGGAGUACAAUACAAAUUACUGGACCUCUGCAAGGCGCAUCUGGCCGAACGACACAUUCCAGUUCUGCUCGCCCGGGGCCAUUUCCCUUCCGACUACGGGGUCCAUUUGGGCACCUAGUCAUCCUGCUAGCAAUGGAUCCUGUGUGCAUUUAUUCAUAAACCAGACUCACAACGUAACACAGUUGACGACAAAAAACUGCAGUGAUUCUUUCAUAUUCGCAUGCCAGGGCCCGCCAACCCCUGCGCCUCCAUGCCACGCGCCAAAAUGUCUACCCACUGAAUGCAAAAAAGACGAUUCAUUAUUUCGAACGCUGGAAGAUAACCAAACAAGUGUUUUGGCAAAUCCUUCCACCCACGGGACUUGGUUUACAUUUAAUGAGAGAACUUACUUAUUCAGCAUAGCAAAAAAAUCGUGGUCUGAUGCAAGUAAGGAGUGCUGCCGGAUAGGAAUGAAGCUGCUGAGUGUUGAUAAUGAUUAUGAAUAUAAUAAUCUUCAGAUGGCAAUAAGAUCUAAUAAUUCGAUUAUGGCUGGUAAUUACUGGACUUCAGCCUCGGAUGAGGGUUGCGAAAAAUCUUUCGGCUGGUGCGCGGUCAACAAACUUGUUCGAGACGCGAUUUGGGCCACGGGUCAACCAGACAAUGCGGGAGGAAAAGAAAAUUGCCUAGUUGUCGGCGUUGAUAAAAAUAAGGCCGAGCUCCAAGAUGAGGAUUGUUUGAAAACUUUUCAAUACAUUUGCGAAGCUAGAGAUACAACAAAUUCAUCUACGGCUGGAAACGCCAUCAAAAAUGAAUGUAUGGCGGUGUUUAAUGUAUCAGAAGAUGAGGUGGACAACAUUUUUAAUAGCACAAAGUUUGACACUCGAAUCAAGUGUUUCCUUAAAUGCGUUGGCGAGAACGGAGGAUAUAUUGUCAAUGGAAAACUUGUGGACGAGGGAAUUAUAAAGAUGGCGGAAGAAAUUUCAGGCAAUAGCUCGCAGGAUCUGCAGGACAAUUUGAUGGCAAUCGACAGUUGCGAAAACAUCAAGGGCAUGGACGAAUGUGACACGGCGGCACUGGUCUACCAGUGUGGCCAAGAAAAAGCGCCAGAUCUGGUCGCUAGUGCCAUUGCUACGGCCGAGCAAAAUUCAUCGGCUGAAGAGGUACCUCUGCCUCCACAAAGAGCCAAGUGCCCUACAGGAUUUCAGUGUGCUGUCAAUCCUGUACUGCGAAGAUUUUAUAACCAAGAUAUCCCUUUGCCUGGAACUGUUUCCUUUCAAACUGGAUGCCUAGGAUCAAGGAUGGCUUUUUUUACAACUCCUACUACCUACAAUGCCGCCGAGACAAAAUGCUGCAAAUUAGGAAUGCGUCUUGUGACUAUUGGUUCAAAGGAAAAAUUUGAUUGCAUUGUAGAUCUAAAUUACCUCGCCACUGCCCCACGUCCUAUUAGAAUGUGGACGUCGGGAUCGAGCUUGGGAAAAACCGGCGAACCUGUGUGGUGUGUUCGCAGAAAGCCGGUUAAUGUCACGGAAUUUCAAUGGAACAAUGGAGCAGGCAUAUCAAAAAUCGCCAACAAAUAUUUAAUAGUAAUGCAUACCGAGAUCACUACAGCUGCCUCGUAUCUGAUGAAUGUACCAGGCACAGCAGAUGAAUUAUACUACCCAAUGUGUCAGGAAUAUUAAUUAAGUGGCUCUAAUAGGCCACAGAAAAUUUGUAAAAUUGUAUACAGUGCAAAAAUAAAAAAGC